AAGCUAAAGAAAGAAGAUGAAGAUGAGCAGUGCUACCAUGGGAGCUUCAAAGAGAAGGUUCUCAAGCAGAGGGCUAGGAGGUGUCCUUAGAGAGCAAAGGGCUAAGCUUUACAUUAUUAGGAGAUGUGUGAUCAUGCUUCUUUGUUGGCAUGAUUAAUUAACUUCUCCUCUUAGCCAUAGCAAUGGUGAAGAAAAUGAGGAUUUCUUUCUCUUCUCUUUUUUCCUCUUUUCUUUUGGUGGAUUGUAAAUAGAAGCGGCCGAUAAUUAAUAUAGAUAUCGGAGAGUACUUCAACAAUUU